UGAAACAACAUUGUGAACUAAAUGGGAAGAUAUAAAUGUGCAUACGACUGCGAAAGCUCCAGCGAGUCAGAUGUGAAGUAUUUUAAAUUUCCUCUCUACAAUCCCAGAAAGCUCAAGAAAUGGCUUGUCAACAUGAAGAUGAAGGACUGGACCCCGUCGCGCUUCUCUGUGCUGUGCAUCAAUCAUUUCGAGGAACAGUACAUUGACAGGACGGGCAAAUGUGUGAAACUUCGGGAAGAUGCAGUUCCCACCAUAUUUUCAUCCCCUGGAAAUACACAGAAAAGAGAGGCUUCCAGUAACCAAAGAAGUAAGAGAUUUAAGUCAUCUGGUGUUAAAGCCUCACAGGCGAGUCCAGCUCCGUCUCCAACUAUCACUCCUGUGAUGGCAAAAAGAAGAGUCCAAAACAAAGAGCCCAGCCAAACAGAGGAAGUACCUGCUGGGGACAACGACCCAAAAAAUUCAAAUGACAAAUGGAGGAUAAUAGUAGAUGAAGGGUUGAUGAAGAUAGAGUCAUUUCCACACUUCUUCCAUGGAGAUUACUGUGCACCACGGGACAUUAUGUGGGCUCCAGAUGAUGGUUUGAGUACCGACUGUGAAAAUCCCGAGAAGGUGAUAGAGGUGAAAGAGCCGUGGCAAUGGCUUGGUCUGGACGUCAGAGGACCGCUGCCCCAAACGCUGAACGGACACAAGUACAUCUUGACUGUAACGGACUACUACUCCAAGUGGGUGGAAGCUGUGCCGAUGCAGUCAUGCCUCCCUGCCGAUGUGUCGAAGCACAUCGUAGACAUCAUCGCCCACUUUGGAUACCCGAUCAGGAUCCUCUCCAGACUGCCUCAUGACAUAGUCCACAAGAUCAACAGAGAACUGAAAGAUCAGCUGAAGGUCACUGUCGCUCUUGUCGUCCAUCAUCAGCAGACAGGAACCAUGGAUUUGAUCACACAACAGCUGAUUGACAGGAUGGUGAGUGAUCUUGCAGAGGAGCAUGCAGCUGACUGGGACGUCUACCUGCCCGCCAAGGUUUUCAGUCUGUGUUUCAAAGAGCAUUCGAAGACGAAGGAAAGGCCCUUUUCAGAGCUCUGCUGUACAGGACUGGAGCCGGUCCAAUCCCCCAGAGGACUGAAUUACGCCUAUUCAAAGAUCCGAGAGAGUGCUUUCGUGGUUAGAUAGAUGUCUAAAGUUUAUUUGGUCAAUUGCUGUGGAAUUCCAAUUGGGCUGGGUAUUAUUUUUACAAAAUAGGGAGGAAGAAUAUUUUUCGGUCAUGGAAGCGCCAUGAAUUUGUCAAGGACUGUCAUGGAAAAGUUCUGGAAUUCUUCAGUCCUUUAUGGCCACAGUGGAAAUGUGGGAACUCUGAUGGUUUGACCACAGUGAGGACAUUGUUGACUGGACAGGUACGGAAAAUACCUGCAAGUUUCUACAUCAUCUUUCACUCUGCCAACGACUCAGUGUCAUUUCAAACCUGCUCAAAACAAAUUAUGUUUUGGUUUUGACCUAUUUUUUUGUCCAUCAGAUUAAUAAAAGGCUAUUUUCAUGCUUGUAUCCUAUUUUUGGAAAUCCUCUCUCAUAUCAGAAUGCAACAUUGUACUUCAAUGAAUUGUCUUAAAUAUGCUAAAAGAGCAUAACAAACUAAAUGCAGGUCUUGACAGUCAUGUCAAGAAAAGAGAUGUUAUUUUGUGCUUGAACCAUAUGAGUCUGGUGGAGACAACAGUGUUAUGUUUUACA